AUGAAUCGGUUUAGGAGAACGAAGAAGGAAAAGGUCAAGGAAGACGUCGUGGUCACAGAAAGUAGCGCGUCGACUUCUUCAUUCGGCUCAAUGCUUAAAAAGGGGAAAAAGGAACCUGAGAAGGAGCCCCAGCUCGACCUUGCCAGCGCCCUCCCCUCAACAGAUGAUUUCCGUACGAGUUUGUUGAUGCCAAAACUGUCUGCCCGCUUCAGCAUGCUCCGAGAGCAGGACGACCCCGAAUCCCUCAUCGGAAAAGCCAGCGACGAUAGCGUUCUAUUUCCUCGACGAGCGUCGCGCCUGAACCUCUUCGGACACAACCCGAGUCUCCUUUCGGAUAUCGAUGAAGCCUCCGACCCUGGCCGGCCAUCAUUUAGCGUUGGGCGCGGCUCCUACGCCUCUGGGAGCGAUAGCUAUGCCGGCGAUGACGAUUCACACCCAGCGGGAAUCAUGAAUAGGGGCCGUCGCACCGAAGGGAACAACUUGUUUGGAGGGAGACAAAAAGUGUAUAAAAUCGCCCCCUCAGGAACGAGUAGCGGAGGCCGUCCUGUCUACGAACACGAUGUGAAUCAUUCACUAUUUCGACGUGAAAAGGCCAAGGAGGGGGGCGAGGAGAGAGAAGAUCUUUUAGUCUUCUCCCCACACGAAUCUAUGGAUGCAUUGUCCAACGUGUCUUCCAACACGCGAACGACCUACUCCUCGACCGCAUCAGGACCCACGGCAAAUGCGCGCAUAUCGACUGCUGCGACUUCUAUUGAUGAGCAGCCGUUGGCGACAUCACCGGGCCAGGCAUUUUCCAAUAACAGUCCGACGGAAUAUGCUACUCCCAAGUCAGCAGGCCCCACCAGGAUGGCUGCGGAGCGUGGCUCGGUCCGUACGCGUCGUCUGUACGGACAAGCCCUCGAACAGUCAGUCCACACCCAACAGGCCUCGGCUCUUCACCGACUUGAGAGUCUAAGCCGCCAGCGCGCCGGAACCCCCCCAGAGCUGCCUCCCCUCAAUCGGGCUUAUUCCCGCAGCGCCACCAACCUCCGCGAUAGACUUCAGAAACUGGCCAUUGCUGAGCCAUCACCCGCUGCAUCACGACCGACUAGCCCGCCAUCGUCUGCUACCUCGCCGACUCGGCCACCGAUCGAGUCGGAGCUGAAACCCCCACCAGCUUUCGGACAGCAGCCCCCGCUCAGCCCUCCGGUCAGUGAAAAUGAAGAGAGUACCACUUUAAUGGCUGCCUUGCAGCCCGGAGACCGCGGGAAGGCCACUGCCAUGGGCCUCUUCAACAAGCCUCGAACCGCCUAUGAUGAGAGCCAGUUUUCUCGCCGUCAAUUGCAGAUGUUCCAGGGGAGGAAUACGCCUCCUCUUCGGCAGCAGUCCCCGCCAGCGCGCCCACUUCCUCAGGAACCCAGGCCGCGCGCGCGGGGUGUCUCCAAUGCCAGCCAUAGAUCGCGUUCAGGAUCCGCUGCUUCCUCCCACUACAGCGAGGCGCAUCGUCCGGGUAGUAGCCGGUCUACGGCUGCUAGUGUCACUGCCUCUCCCGCUAGACCUGGACAUGUUGGUACCUUCUUUGACAAUUCCAGUCCUAGUGAGACCGAAGACGAGGGGUAUGGACAGCGGGACAAUGAUUACAAUUUCCACGGCGAUCACCCCGCGUUCCGUUCUAGGACACCAUCCAAGCCGUCUACCCCGACAGGCGAAGAUAACAGCCCGCCUCUUCCCGAAGUCCGGUACUCCGACCUGGGCGAUCUGAAGCCCAUUGCGGAGCAUAGCGAACAGGCUCCUGAGCAGGCGAGCAAUCUUCCUGAAAAGCCUGAUUCACCAACUAUUCCAUCCGGUCUGGGGCUUAGCGGUCUUGUCCGUACACAUCUUCGCCAAGAUAGUGAUCGAUCCUCCAUCAUGCCACCUCCCUCUCCUAGAUUCCCCGAGUCUACCGAGCGCGACACCACAGAGGUACCACCCGCCAAUCACCAACUCGAUAAUCUAGCUUCUCACCCCCCUAAUGUGAAACCGCCCCCCGUUCCCGCCUGGCAAGAGGAUAUCGUCCGGCACCAACGUAAUGGAAGUACAGAGACACAAAGAGAACGCGAAGAGUUCGCCAAUGAGUUGGCGGAACGGCGGCGGAGGGUGCAGGAGAAGCUUAGAGAUUUUGCCGAGAGUGAAAGCCGCGCCGCAAGCCCUGUUUCUGGCCGACAGACACCCGACUUUGGUGGCCAGCCAAGGCCAGGUAAUGCCUUUGCGCUUCUCAAGAACAAGCCUGGAAAGCACAAUAUCUUCAACCGCGGCGAGCCUCGUGGUAUUAAGGGUCUAGGGCUCGGUGCUAAUGCGUCGACACCAACCUUGGUUUCCGAUGACCCUUGGGGUGAGGACCUACCCCUUCCCAGCAUUGGAAGGCACGGCAACUCGAGCUCUCCUCAUAUCGCAGAGCGCUCCAUGCGGUCUAGAAUCGCAAGCUUUGGACGCCGCAGCACGGACGACUCCCGCGAGUCGAGCCGUAGCCGCGGAGCCUCGCCCCAUUCAAGCUUCCGGUCUCGUAGAGAUCGAUCGAGCUCAGAUGCGUCCGGCCGCUCCAAGAGCCGCUCCCGUCGCGAGCGUGACGACCUCGAGACUCUAGAAGAGGACGAUACCGGCUCCGACAACAGCUUUACAUCCCGUAACGGACGUCAUGGCGUAGUGUCUACCGCAUCAUCUGCGCGUCCCUCUGUUGAAGCUCACGAGCGUCCAACAUACGACCGCAGCUCGUCUGCUGCCUCUGGCAGAUACCGCCCGGAAAGCCGGUCUGCAACGCCAAGUAUGCACGACCGACCUUUCCACGCGCCCAUGGCCAACUCCCCGCUAAUUGGAGUGUCCCCUCGCCCGUCGCCUGCCGCUCCUCCAUUCUCGGCUAACGCAACGCCUCCCCUAAACGAUCUCAACGGAAAUGCUUCCGCACCUCUAGCCCAAGCUACCCUUCCUCAGCACGGGCAGGGCAUACCCCAGCGCACUCCAGGAAGUCAAACCCUCCAAAAACGCGCGGUGGACAAAUCCAAAAUCUCCGAACCAACCUUCAUCUCCUGCACAUCCAACGUGCCCACCGUCGGCCUCCCACCAGGCGCCAGCCUAAGCAACGGCAUGGAAACACCACCCCUACCACCCAUGAACCCGCGCCGCCGGCGCCAAACAACCACACAAACAAUCCUCGGCGCCUUCAAGGGCGACACCAGACACGACGUACCACACCCUAUGCCCGUCCCGCACGCCGAUCGGGAUCCAGGUCCCGAGCACAGCACGUUUUCCGACGAUGGCGAGAAGCGGAUUCCACGGCCGCGGAACCGGCUGCGCAAGAUCUCAAGCGAGGGCGGGGAACUGAACGCGGCUAAGGUUCGACAGACUAUGUCUGCGAGUGCGUCGCCACCGCCUCCGACUUUUCCUCCUCGCAUCCCAAUGGAUGGGGGCAUGUUUUGA